UCAGGAGAAAUUUGAUUCCAGCGACCUUAGCACACGAAGAGAAGGCAAAAAAACGUUACAAACUGCAAAACUAAAAUGGCAUAGAUUGCCUGCCAUCUAUUCCCACUUCUGUUAAUCGGAUUGACACAAGUCGUAGGAGCAGAUUACAUGGACAAAUUUGCACAGAAGAAGAUGUGUGCUGAUGAGGAAUGUAGUUAUGUUAUCUCAAUUGGCCAGGUGGUUGAUGGUUACAAUGCACCAGACUGCAGAUUUCUGAACCUUAAGGAAGGACAGUUACUAUAUGUGUACUCCAAACUGGUGCAAGAAGGUGAAAGUGGGGAGUUCUGGUCUGGCAGUAUUUAUAGUGAUAAUCAGUAUGAGGAUCAAAUGGGUAUGGUAGCUUAUUUUCCCAGCACUUUAGUAACUGAGCAGUACGUAUUCCGGAACACAACGAUGGAACUUCCCACCACUAGAUAAUCGACUGGUCAACUACCGGUUGGGAAACCAAGCACUAUCUGGACAACAUUCCUAGUUUUGGGCUUCAAUGGCAAGCUCAAGGCAGGAAUCAUCUUUUGUGCUAUCGACUUCGACUGUGACUAAUUCCAAUGACCUACUCAUCAUACUGUGCAAUCAAAGGAAAAAAAUGCAGAACAAAUUCAAUUUAACUGAGAAGUUUGCUCAGUUUCUUGCAGCUAAAAGCAUUAGAUUUUUUAAAGAAAUGUAUAAUGCUAAAGGCUGAAGACUAGUAGAGAAGACUAUAAAGCCAAUCUUUUUGGCCUUUCUGUGAUUUUAUUUACUUGUUUAACAAACCACGAGUAAUACAUUUAUUUUGCCAUUAGUUCAAACCAUUCCGGUCAAUGUUUUAUCAAAUAUUCAGUUAAUAUGUAAGGCAGUUAAUGUUUAAACAUCUGUAUAGGAACAACCAAUGGAUAAAACAUUGCACUUGGAAAAGUUUCCUUUUUGAAUGUUAUCAGUUUUCUUAGAACUCUAUCUGCUUGAUUUCACAUGGUUGGUCAGAUAGAUUAAUUAUACUUAGUGUUUCAAAA